AUGAUUUUUGUGCUAUUAGCAACUAUAUCUCUAUUGUUCAUUCAUCAUGGACAAUGCGCUAUGCAAGCUACAGCUAAUGUACGACUCGAUGGCACUUCACAAUCCAUUGGUACAUUGCAAUUUUAUCAGAGUGAUCCUAGUUCAGCUGUGAAAAUUACAGGUGCACUGACCUUAUCGAAUAUCAGCAGUAAUCUAGGUUUUCAUGUACACGCUUUGGGAGUGUCGGAAAGUAUGCCAAACUGCACGGCAGCUGGUUCACAUUUCAAUCCAUACAAUACCAGUCACGGUCCUCGGGAGGCUAAUAUAACCAGUCGACAUGUUGGUGAUCUUGGAAACAUAGUCACACUCGCCAAUGGUACCGCUAUUAUUAAUAUUGAAGAUAAAAUUGUACAACUUUACACUUCGAAUCAAUCUAUCAUCAACCUUUCAAUCGUCGUGCAUUAUGGCAUGGAUGAUGGUGGAAGCACUGGCAUCAAAGAUAGUGCAACUACCGGAAAUGCUGGUGGACGAGUUGCUUGUGGUCUUAUUAAAUUAGCAUCAUCGAAUGGUUUAAUGAAUAAACCAACACUCUCAGCAUUAUUUCUUACCAUCGUGCUUACGUUUAUGAUGUUUUUAUAUUAA